GCAAAAACGUGGAAUGAGUUUGAUUUCUGGAAAUCCUAGGGAACCCUAGAGGCAACUCUUAUUCUAUCUCUUCGUUUCUCUCUCUCUUUUUCCCAUGAAAAAUCUCUCCUUCUCUGACGAAAUCGAGCCAAAAUCAGUAUCGACAGAGAUAUCUAUCUUCUUCUUCUUUGCUUCUAUGGUUGUGUUUGCGCAGCCGGCAAAGCAAAGCUCCAAUCAGACCACAUCGUCGAAGGUCAUGAGCCAAAUCGGCCUGAAAGAAAUAGAGAUAGGAGCUGUUCUAUUUGGUGUAUCUCAGAAUUCAAAAACAUAAGAUACAUUGUGAUAUUUUCAUCGUUUGUAGAACAUGCAUGUGUGUUGAGUUGAAGAACAUAAGCUUUUGGUGUAUUUGAAUUCAUAUAAGUUGAAUCAGGUUAUUAGUUAGUGUUUAGGACAUUCAUGUAUGUAGAAAAUGAUGCUUUGUUGUGCCUCUUUUCAGGUUGUGAAGAGUGUUCUACUGAAUCACACUCUUCUAGUUUUUUACACUUAUUUAACUGUCA